GUUCCGUGGGAUGAUCGAGGAGCGAGGGAGGGAACCAAAACCCUCAGACUCUCACACUCCCAGUCUAGGGUUUCGACGUUUCACAAUCUCAAAACGAAAAGGGUUUCCGCGUAGCGAUCAUGGCACCUGCUAGGGUUUUCGGAGCGAGCGCCGGAAGAGCCUUCAUGGCGGCGGCGGCGAAGAGCGCGGCCAAGAAAGCCGCCCCGUCCGGGGGCGCCGCCGCGAAAGCCGCGCCGAAGAAGACGUCCCCGACGAGAACCAUCUCUGGCAUACAGAAGGUGGUUCCGGUCUCUUCCGAGCUCGGCCACUUCCUCGGCGCUCCUCAAGUGUCGCGAACCGACGCCGUCAAAAGAGUCUGGGAAUACAUCAAGCUGCAAAAUCUUCAGAAUCCUUCAAAUAAGAAGGAGAUCUUCUGUGAUGCAAAGCUGAAGACCAUUUUUGAUGGGAAAGAUAAGGUUGGGUUCACCGAGAUUGCUAGAUUGCUGUCUAACCAUUUUGUGAAAUCAGGAUGAUUUUCAGCUUUGAUGUACUCUUAAUGAUGGUAACCUGUCUCAGUACAUUAAGUAGGUUAUUUUGUCUUCAAGUACAUGGUUUGAGACCAACCGUUAAGAAACAUGGAAAUUUGUGUUAUCGGACUUGAAGGUUUGAAAGUGGUGUGAUUUUGUCACUGUCUGCUUUCGCAUUGUUAGGGUUUUAGUAUAUGUGCAUUAUCUUUCCAAGCCCUUUGUGAACAUCACCAUUUUUUAUUAGAAUUUUAUGGUUAAGCUAUUCGCGAUAUUCUAUUA